UGCAUGUUAAAAAAAACAUUGACAAAUUUGGGCAUCCGUGGGUCCUCCUAUUUGAGUUUGGGCUCAACCCCUGAUGCAUUUAAAUUCUCAAGACUCACUCAGUUGUGAUCAGAUAAACCGUUCACCUGAUCUGACUCAACUUCUCUUAUAUUAAUAUCAACCUGUAUGUGCAAGAUGUUGAUGUUAGCAGUUUUCCUCUGUUUGCUGUCUAUGACAUCAGGAUCUGGUAAUGCAGGUGGUCUUGCCAAUAAAAUACUUGUGUUUCCACAUAAGACCGCUAACAGCUAUGUUACAAUUACUCCAGAAAAACCCCUGAGCCUCACAGCUUUCACUUUAUGCAUGCGUGUCUCCACAGAGCUGCAAGGAAAGAGAGAGGUUAUUCUCUUUGCUUACCGUACUAAUGAUGUUGAUGAGCUUAAUGUUUGGAUUGAAAGAGACGGAACCAUAAGUUUGCAUCUUAGUAGUUCUAGUGAGGUAGUGUGUUUUAACUUGCCGCCUCUUAACCUUCUGACACACCUGUGCUUCACCUGGAGCUCAUCGACCGGUCUCACUGCCGCUUGGAUGAAUGGACAACGCACUAUUUACCAGAGAUACAGAAAAGGUCACACCAUCCGUCCCGGUGGCACGGUGUUGCUCGGUCAAGAUCCUGAAUCAUUUCUGGGUGAUUUUGGUGCAGAGCAGAGCUUUGUAGGUGAAAUUACAGAUGUGAACUUGUGGGAUGAGGUUCUCACUGCGAAUGAGAUCAAGGGAUUAUAUUCACACAGCACCGUAAAAGUGCCAAAUGUUAUUAAUUGGGUCACAGCUGAAUUUGUCAAAUAUGGCAUUGUGGUAGAGAUACAGGAUGAUUUUUAAUUCAAAACUCAGAUGUCUUUCAAUGUAUAUGAUGAACAGACUUAAAACAGAUCAAGAGUCAAAUGAAUUAACUAAUA